AUGCCACGGCCCGACAGACAUGAUCAACUCCCUCGACUUACGCGCUUGAUCAAUUGGGAAUAUCUCGGCUCGAUGACAGACGGGACUGAUGUGGAUUUGGCAUCAACAGCCAGAGACUACGGCUUACCGAUCCUCGGCACGGAUUCCUUGCCAUUGCCGCGCGGCAUUCCUGAUGCCGCCAGAGGGAGCGGCCUUUUUCAAGACGCUUCUCAAGCACAAAACUUCGUGGAAGCGCCCUCGGACUACAUGGGUGCGGCUUUAGAAUAUAGACCAAUACAGAGCAUGGAAAGCGUAUCGGAUACGAGGCUUUCUCGAGGCCCAUUCCAUGACGAGAGUAUGAGCGGCCGUCUGCAGCAGUGCUUACAUACGUUACAUUCGGUGGGUUUCUCAUCGGUCGACGAAUUUGCCCUUGAAUACUACACAGCACGCCUGGGUUCCUCGCCAGAAGCAUCCAUGAUAAAGCAGCCAAAAGGCCUGAGUACCCUUGGUCAUUUGGUCAUGGUGCUGGAGAAUGCUUCAACACGAAUGGGCACUGUCGAAGCGGCGGGCUUACACCAUGGUAUCGCAAAGGCUGCCCGCGAUCUGUAUAUCUCUGAACUUCGCGCCAUGGAUUAUACAUUAUACAAUCCCGAGGAAGCAGAGCAUCAAGUGGGUCGCCCAAUACGCAGGUUUCAUCUGUAUAGCUGA